GACGUUGUUUGUACGUUGGUUCUGAAGUUAGCCGACGGUAACUGUUUAGCUACGAUAGCCAUGCCCACUGUUUACAGUUAGUUACGUUUACGUGGUCUUGAGUAUCUAGUUAACGUUAUUUACUACAUACUUUAAAUACGUAAACGAGGUUUCUAAAGUACAACAGCCGGCUUCCGUUUCGAUUUAGUCAGCGUUUGUCUAAGAAGGAUCGUCGUUAGCCGUUAGCUUAGGAGGCUAACAGGGUCUACAAUGGAGGGCAGCGCCAGCGUGAGGAAAGCGCUGUCCGGGACCCUCGUACCUGCGGCGGUCACAACAGUGGCUCUGCUUCAACAACCCGAGGACAAGGAGAAGGGGAAGCUGAAGAGAAAGGUCCUCGAUGAAGAGGAGUACAUUGAGAGUUUGGAGAAGAUCAUCCAGCGGGACUUCUUCCCAGAUGUGACCAAACUGCAGGCGCAGAAGGACUAUCUUGAAGCAGAGGAAAGUGGUGACCUAGAGAGAAUGAGAGAGAUAUCCAUAAGAUAUGGAUCAUCUGUGACUAAAUCUACACCACGGUCUUCUGCACCUUAUGUGACACCAGCAAGCUUUGAGACGCCAGUGGGCCAUUCAGGAUCUCCCUCCUCCACUCACGGCAGUAAAGGUUUAGAUGGGGAAAGCAAGGAUGAUGACAAGGAAGAGAAAGAGCUGCCCUCUCUGGACCGCUUCCUUGCUAAAAAUACCAGUGAGGAUAAUGCAUCGUUUGAGCAGAUAAUGGAUCUGGCAGAAGACAAGGAGAAGCUAAGGCAUGCCUGGUUAUACGAGGCUGAGACUGAGUACAAAGAGCGUCAUGAACAAAACCUUGCCUUACCACCAGCAGAGAAAGCAGCACUUGAAUGUACAAAAGCCGGACUUGAGACAUGGGAGUACAAAGCGAAGAAUGCCUUGAUGUAUUAUCCAGAGGGUGUUAAAGACGAUGAUGCUCUAUUUAAGAAGCCACGGGAAGUAGUUCACAAGAACACACGGUUUGCUGGAGACCCAUUCAGCAAAGCUCUCAACAAAAGCCAGAUUCAGCAGGCUGCAGCCCUCAAUGCACAGUUCAAACAGGGUAAAGUUGGCCCUGAUGGGAAAGAGCUCAUCCCACAUGAAUCCCCAACAGUGAAUGGAUAUGGUUUUGAAAGUAUGCCAUCCCCUGCACCUGGUGUGGCUGAGUCGCCUCUCAUGACCUGGGGUGAGAUUGAGAGCACUCCAUUUCGUCUGGAUGGAUCAGACACUCCUUACGUUGAGAGGAAUCAUGGUCCAUCGUUUAAGAUUCCAGAGCCAGGAAGACGAGAGAGACUUGGUUUAAAGAUGGCCAAUGAAGCUGCCGCUAAAAACCGUGCGAAGAAACAGGAGGCGUUACGAAAAGUCACAGAGAACCUUGCAAGUCUUACGCCUAAAGGUCUGAGCCCAGCCCUCACCCCCGCCCUGCAGAGGCUCGUAAAUCGGACAUCUAGCAAAUACACGGACAAAGCAUUACGAGCGAGUUACACCCCAUCGCCCUCGCACAGAGUCACUGGAUGCAAGACUCCCUUCGGUGGCCCAUCCACUCCCUCAGGAACGCCAACGCCAAACAAAGCCAAGACACCGAGCUCUCAGGACCUUACGUCACUCACAGACAAUCUGCUGCAACUUCCCAAGAGACGGAAAGCCUCAGACUUUUUCUAAGUAAGAGGAGCUCUUCUCUGCUGGCCGGGAUUGUACAAAACAGACAUAUAAUACUGUGGAGAACUCGAUUAUAAACUGUCCAGACCUGGUUAUUGUCAAAUGAAAGAGCACAUCUUUCAGCUGGAGGACUGGAUAAAGUCAUGCACAGAGGACUGAGGAGUUUUUAGGGAUUUAUUUGUUACAUUUUUGAGCAGGUGGGUUAAAGUAGAUCCCUGUGAAAUGUCCAAAUUCUAUUUAAUUACUUGUUUAUCUUAUUUUCUUUUAUUCCAGAUGCAAGGUUUCGUAGACUUUUGUACAACUGUUUCCACUCUUACAAACAUUCGUCAUCCCCCACAGCCACCACAGCAGCACAUGCUUAAAUGUUACUAAUAUAAUUCAGUCGCUGUUUCUGAGAAUUGCACAUACAAAUGAGAUUUCAGCUCUCAGCUCUCCAUUCAUGCUACCAUGACAUUUCAGUAUUUGUCUCUGCAUCAUAGAAAUUACUCAAACUUCUGAAUAAGUGUUAAAAAUGGAAAAGAAAAUACAGUUUCAGUGAGACAGCUCAGUGAAGGCCGGGUAAAUGAUGAAUCUUUCUCUUUGCCUAUAUUGGAAAAACUUUACAGGCAGAGCUGGGCUCAGCAUCAUAAAUCUUUACAACCUUUUUCUGAAAAUCUAUAAUAAAACUGAACAUUUUGGACAAUCA